GAAAGUAGACUCGUGCUUGCUCGGACGCUCUUCGCGGACGAAGCGUGCGCGCGUACGGAAUACGGUGGAAUUCUAAAUUUAAAUUUUAAAAUUUACCUUUGUUUACAAAGGUGUAUCUAAGUGGCCAGUGUUGUUUGUGUAUUGAAAUUGGAAUUGUUUUGGAUUAAAACAUCCGACUUGGAUACCGCAACUGAAACUUUGGAUUGUUGAUUGUUUCUACCAAGAAUAAUGUCCUGCCAUUGAUUCGAUGGAUCCCUUAACGUGGUUGUCCCUGGGGCUGCAGCUGGCGGCGCUGUGCUCCAUCGUGGGGGCUCUGCUGCUGUACCUGCUGAGGAAGGUCAGGGUUGCCGAGGUGCUGCCAGUGGACAGCGCGAAGACUGUUCUCGUCACUUCUGUGGACACUGCGCUGGGGUUGCAGAUUGCCACGUACCUCAGCGGUCGAGGCUGGCGCGUGAUAGCGGGCUGUCGACAAGGCGGGCUUGGAGCCCGUCUGGCUGAAUCCUGGCUACAGGCACACGUGGCUACCACGCCAGAGGACCAGCCCCCACCACGACUGGCGACUUUGGAGCUCGAUGUAGCGAGAGAGGAUCUGCUUGAGGAAGCUGCAAGGGCUACUGCCCAACAUCUGCCCGCUGGAGAACAUGGCAUUUGGGCAGUGAUAAACACAGCAGGCAGCAGCGGGCUCGGCGGCGCGUCCUGCUGGGAGGGCGCGCUGCGCGGCAACGUGCUCGGCGCACUGCGCGUCGCGCGCACCUUCUCCCCGCUGCUCGCCGCCGCCGCCGCUGACCAUCCACACGCUGGCCGACUCUUUUAUAUUGGGCUAACCUCAGACACAGCAUGCGACAGCCUGUCACGGCUGGAGACGGGCGAGUCGGGUGAGACGUGCGCGGGCGCAGCCGCCGUGCGCUGGGGCACGUGGGGCGCGGCGCGGGCGUUGCGCGCGGGACUGCGCGCGCGCCGCCUACACGUCGUGCUGCUGCACGCGCCUGACCUGUCUGCUUCCGAGAUCUAUGCACCGCCGCUGCAGCUCGUCGCACCUAGUCAGCCUUCCAGCCGCCCCGAAACGCCAAGCUCAGACGUGAGUACCACUACAGCAUCCUGCGCAGUCACCAUGCCCGGAGAGGCCGCGGAAUACAGCGCUAAGGUCCUCCCCACCAGCGCCCUGAAGGUCCUUGAAGACGCCCUCACAACCCCCGCCCCAAGAGACUCCUACUACUUGAAAAUGAAGCACGACACCUGGUUCACAAGAAUGCCGUCUCUAAGAGUGGCGUGAUUUUUUAAAAGUUGAUGGAAAACGCGUGGAUGGUUUUGUGUGUGUAUACGUACGUGCCUUUGCUUAUGUGGGAAUUUUGGGAUAAAGUUCAAGCAGAAUACAUGCUGCCUUGUUUAGGUUUUGACACUGACGUACUUUGAUGUAUUUUGCAUUGUUCGUGUCUGUAGACGGACGUCAAAAUGGCGAAGCUCGACUGAGCAAUGGGGCAUGGCUCUGCCGCCGUGGUGCAUUUUCACUGUCGAUUCUGUUCGUAGUGAGACGCUCAGACUACGAGCAUAUUUUAUGCUGAUCAUAAAGUUAAAUUUUACAAGAUACAUUAGACCACAGACGUUGAGUUUGGUGGCUUUGUGCAUAAUGCCUAUUUGUGUGUGUGUGUAUGGUUGAUAUUGGAAAGAAAUGGAUUGGAAUGAUUUUUUAGAUAGUAACGAACGAAGUUCGCCAGCCCAUGCGUUUUCCAAAACAUAUAUUUGUUAUGUCACAUAUUUCAAUGUUUAUUGAUAGUCUAUAAGGUUACGUAAUGCAUGCAUUGAAGAUUAUUCCCCUACCUACUAACAAUUAUCUCAAAACUUAACCAUAAAGUUAAGUCAAUGUUUAUUUUCGAGUUUAAUAUAACUGUACUUUGAUGUAGUGUACAAGAAUAAAAUAAGCAUGAUAUUAUUAUUGUAUACCACACAACAUACUUAUUAAUUAAUUAAUUAAUAAGAAAUAAUUAAGCUUUUAUUUUCAAGUAUUUUCGUAAAAAAAAAAUAUUUUUUGCCUAUGUAUCUGCGCUAAAAGUAGAGAAUUUUCUUGUCGAUGUUGUAUUAUUUGCCUUAUUUUUCUGUAUUUUGUAAAUUGUUACAUUUGUAUAAUUUUAUCGACCCACUAUCCCUAUUCGAGGGCACAGGGAAGUGGAUGUAAUGUGCCAAAUUAAGGGUACUUUCUCUAUAAGAACAAUUGUACCUAUUCGAUAUAGUUUACGAUGGUGAUGGAACAUUUCCCAUCACAAUAUUUCUCGAAUAUCAAUGAAAACAGUUAUAUUGCAAAUUUUGUGAGAAUUGUUUAAUGUAAAUAUCAAAAUUUGGUAAACGACUCUUAGUGUGCUAGCAGUAAAUUGUGAAUGCAUAGAUAUACAUAUUCAGUUAUAAAUUGUAUGCGUGUGAUUAAUUUUAAUGUUAGUAAUAUGCAAUUAGUACUUACUUUAAAGCUUAUGAAUUAGAUUUUAUUAACUGUUGGAUGUAAAAAAAGUGAUAGAUAAAAAUGGCCAAUCACAAAUUGCUGCUAGUAUAUUUAUAAUAUAUGUAAUUUGCUUAUUUACGUAUGUGUUGAAGAUUUAAAGCUGUAUAUUGCUCGCAAUGCGGAAAUCCAGUGAAGCCAGUAUCUUAUAUUUAAUGGUUUCGUAGUCUUAGAUUUAUAUUAUUGUGUUCAUGAGUCUGGUGUGCGAUAUGGACAUUUUUAAUGUGUAAAUAAUUUGUGUUGAAUAUUAAACGUUUCUCUAAUUA